AUGUUAGGGCAAGUAGAAUCGUAUGUGCCUGGUGAUGAUUUUUGUGAAUACGCGGAACGUUUAGAACAAUAUUUUGUUUUAAAUGAUGUUAAAGUGGAUAAAAAAGUUGCAUUUUUGUUAACAUUCAUCGGUCAAGAAACGUAUUCAAUAUUGAAAAAACUAUUAUUUCCGGGUGAUCCAGUAAAGAAAACGUUCGAGCAGCUGAUAGCAGUUUUGAAAAGUCAUUUUACUCCUGAAGUAAAUGAAAUAUCUGAACGUUAUAAGUUUUUCAAGGAAGAUCAGAAGUCGGGUCAACCGAUGUCAGAAUAUAUAGUAGAAUUAAAAGCAAAAGCGCAAAAAUGUAAGUUCGAAACCUUUUUGAAUCAAGCGUUACGCGAUCGUUUAGUAUUUGGAGUAUGUGAUAAUAAAUUACGUGCCAUACUGUUGAAAGAGUCAACAUUGACGUUUGAAUCAGCUUGUACCAUAGCUAUAAACUGGGAAUUAUCUGAAAAAGAUGUAAAAGGUCAGAGUAUGAAUCAGUUUACAGUGCGACCAAAAAGCAGUAAUUUUCAUACAAACCGGUCAAAAAGUGUCGAUAAAAGGGACGGCAAAUGUACUAGAUGUGGUGGAUCACAUUUUAGUAAGGAAUAG